CAAUCACAUAUCGCGAAAGAGAACAUACCUUACCUUAACGAACCAACCCACUGACAUCGAAGCGUUUAUAUUGAAUAUAUAUGCGAAUCUUCUGCACACUCUUGUCUUGAUUAUCCCACAAAGACCCCUAUUGUUCUUCUUGGGCCGGAUUCAUUCCUGCCUAGAUCAAAAGCCUCAAGGAAGCAACCCUUCUCCCACCAUCAUGGCUUCUCUCGGAGGAUACUUGAACAAAAAGGUUCUGAUUAUCACGGCCGACUCGAGAAUCCUCGUGGGCAACCUAGUAGCCGCAGACAAUAGCACCAACCUCGCACUCACAAACACCUACGAACGGGUCAUCCAGACGCCGGAUAGCGGAGAGCCCUCUGUCGAAGUCCCACUCGGCCUCUACAUGGUGCGAGGCGACAACGUCUGCACCGUCGGCCUCGUCGACGAAAAGCUAGACAGCGACAUUAACUGGUCUGAGGUUAAGGGCUCAGCCAUUGGGGGGAUAAAACACAUCUAGAUCCUAUGCGAGGUUUGGGGGCUGGGCUGGGGCUGGCUGGGCUGUUCACGAUGCUAUGUAUGCUCUUUUCGUUCCUCUUCAGUGCUUUCUAUUCGAGCUGGAUAUAUACCCAACGGCAGAUGCUAGGCCUCUGCUGUUCUACAUAUGGGAAGCAGGCGUUGGUAUUGGUGUGGUAGAUCAAUGAUACUGGAUGCACUCUGGAAGCCACUCAAUUCCAUUCCGCAACAAAUCUCUCCGACUUAGGCGAAAACCCUCUUCAUCAGAUACUCGGCGAAAACGGACUCGCCUGGCG